AUGACUCAGGCACAGGUGCCACCUCGGCAUAUCAUGAGAACUCUUGUAGAAAAGUUUCCCGGAGACUAUCCAAACAUCAGGCAUGUCUACAACUGCAGAAGUAAUAUUAGAAUGGAGCAAUUCAAGGGAAGAGAGGUGGUUCACCAGGUGCUUCAUUUGGCCAGACAGAGCAAAUACCUCACUUGGGUUAUGACUGACACCAACAAUGUGUUGCAACAUGCUUUCAUGGCACACCAGAUCAUGACAAAUUUGCUAUGCCCAUACCCGUACGUGAUAGGUAUGGAUUCCACUUACAAGACGAACCAAUACGACAUGCCAUUCUUUGAGAUUAUUGGGGUUACACCGACAAAUCAUAACUUUCUUGUUGCAUACGCAUUCAUGAGGUUGGAGUCCGAAGAAAGUUAUCGGUGGGUGCUUCAGUGCUUGAGGUUAUUGAUCGGUCAUCAUAGAGAGCCGUUAGUACUACUAACAUAUAGGGAGCUUGGCCUUUGUGCAGCGUUGAAGAGCGUGUUUCCAAACACAAGACACAUGUUGUGUGUGUGGCAUAUUAACAAAGAUGUUGAGGCGAAGGUUACUUCCAUGUUUGAAAAAAAGAAGGAGAUUGGUGCCAAGUUGAAAAAUGGGAGGUUUAAGCAUGUGAUUAAUGCUACAUCUGAAGAGGCGUAUAAAAGAGAGCUUUUCUACGGUUCUUUAGACAUAGUUUGGGCUCAGGUGCACUGCUCAAUUGAGAACCAGAUCAUAGCCAUUCGUAAUGGGUUGGAGGCAUGUAGAACAACUCAUGGUCAAAAGUACAAGCAAGAGCCUUUGCAUCAGCUGAACGGAAAGGUAUCCCACUAUUGUCUGUCCAUUCUUCUUGGUGAGACGAACAGGAUGCGAGGGAAGGGGUUGUAUACGAAGAACAUUCAUCCAUAUUGGAGGACCCUAAUCAUUGGAGCGGGUGUCGACAUUCCUGAUAUAGUUGAUGAAAAUGAUGAGGAUCGAGCUCAUUGUCGCACCCUUGUUGAUCAGGUUAUUUCCAGCGACCAUGUGAUGCUUAGGCACGUGUCUCAAGUGGUUGAGGGUGAGAUGGAUCCUAACUAUGAUGACCUUCUGGAGCCUCGAGUCAACCCCCGAGUAACCUCCCGAGAGAAAGAACAGACGAGAUCCUUCGUUUUUCGAGCAUGUUCAACUACCGGGUUUGACAAACGACGAUGCAGAUACAUCUACGCGAUUCCCAACAUCAUUUGGCCUUACGUUGUAGGUGUUAAGGACGUAAUUGGAGAUGGGAACUGCGGAUUUCGUUGCGUAGCAGAUUUAUAUUAUGGAGAUCAGGAGGAGUGGCGAUUGGUUUGA